GGUAUUUAAAGUGUCCAGGUACUUACAAUAACAAGUUGGACUGAACACAUGUACCUCAGGAAUUAAGAAUUUUUCCUAAAAGAAGUUUCCAGAUUGUUUGAACUUCUUUGGCCGCACAAUACAGGAAGGAAGACUAAAGAAGCAAAGGGACCUACAGCGUCUGCAGCAUGGGCUGGUUAACUAGGAUUGUCUGUCUUUUCUGGGGAGUAUUACUUACAGCAAGAGCAAACUAUCAAAAUGGGAAGAAUAAUGUGCCAAGGCUGAAAUUAUCCUACAAAGAAAUGUUGGAAUCCAACAAUGUGAUCACUUUCAAUGGCUUGGCCAACAGCUCCAGUUAUCAUACCUUCCUUUUGGAUGAGGAACGGAGUAGGCUGUAUGUUGGAGCAAAGGAUCACAUAUUUUCAUUCAACCUGGUUAAUAUCAAGGAUUUUCAAAAGAUUGUGUGGCCAGUAUCUUACACCAGAAGAGAUGAAUGCAAGUGGGCUGGAAAAGACAUCCUGAAAGAAUGUGCUAAUUUCAUCAAGGUACUUAAGGCAUAUAAUCAGACUCACUUGUACGCCUGUGGAACGGGGGCUUUUCAUCCAAUUUGCACCUACAUUGAAAUUGGACAUCAUCCUGAGGACAAUAUUUUUAAGCUGGAGAACUCACAUUUUGAAAACGGCCGUGGGAAGAGUCCAUAUGACCCUAAGCUGCUGACAGCAUCUCUUUUAAUAGAUGGAGAAUUAUACUCUGGAACUGCAGCUGAUUUUAUGGGGCGAGACUUUGCUAUCUUCCGAACUCUUGGGCACCACCACCCAAUCAGGACAGAGCAGCAUGAUUCCAGGUGGCUUAAUGAUCCAAGGUUCAUUAGUGCCCACCUCAUCCCAGAGAGUGACAAUCCUGAAGAUGACAAAGUAUACUUUUUCUUCCGUGAAAAUGCAAUAGAUGGAGAACACUCUGGAAAAGCUACUCACGCUAGAAUAGGUCAGAUAUGCAAGAAUGACUUUGGAGGGCACAGAAGUCUGGUGAAUAAAUGGACAACAUUCCUCAAAGCUCGUUUGAUUUGCUCAGUGCCAGGUCCAAAUGGCAUUGACACUCAUUUUGAUGAACUGCAGGAUGUAUUCCUAAUGAACUUUAAAGAUCCUAAAAACCCAAUUGUAUAUGGAGUGUUUACAACUUCCAGUAACAUUUUCAAGGGAUCAGCCGUGUGUAUGUAUAGCAUGAGUGAUGUGAGAAGGGUGUUCCUCGGUCCAUAUGCCCACAGGGAUGGACCCAACUAUCAGUGGGUGCCUUAUCAAGGAAGAGUCCCCUAUCCACGGCCGGGAACUUGUCCCAGCAAAACAUUUGGUGGUUUUGACUCUACAAAGGACCUACCUGAUGAUGUUAUAACCUUUGCAAGAAGUCAUCCAGCCAUGUACAAUCCAGUGUUUCCUAUAAACAAUCGCCCAAUAAUGAUCAAAACGGAUGUAAAUUAUCAAUUUACACAAAUUGUAGUAGACCGAGUGGAUGCAGAAGAUGGACAGUAUGAUGUUAUGUUUAUCGGAACAGAUGUUGGGACCGUCCUUAAAGUAGUUUCAAUUCCUAAGGAGACGUGGCAUGAUUUAGAAGAGGUUCUGCUGGAAGAAAUGACAGUUUUUCGGGAACCGACUACUAUUUCAGCAAUGGAGCUUUCCACCAAGCAGCAACAACUAUAUAUUGGUUCAACAGCUGGGGUUGCCCAGCUCCCUUUACACCGGUGUGAUAUUUACGGGAAAGCCUGUGCUGAGUGUUGCCUCGCCCGAGACCCUUACUGUGCUUGGGAUGGUUCUUCAUGCUCUCGCUAUUUUCCCACUGCAAAGAGACGCACAAGACGACAAGAUAUAAGAAAUGGAGACCCACUGACUCACUGUUCCGACUUACAACACCACGAUAAUCACCAUGGCCACAGCCCUGAAGAGCGAAUCAUCUAUGGUGUAGAGAAUAGUAGCACAUUUUUGGAAUGCAGUCCGAAGUCACAGCGAGCACUGGUCUACUGGCAAUUCCAGAGGCGAAAUGAAGAGCGAAAAGAAGAGAUCAGAGUGGAUGAUCAUAUCAUCAGGACAGAUCAAGGCCUUCUGCUGCGUAGUCUACAACGGAAGGAUUCAGGCAGUUACCUCUGCCAUGCGGUGGAACAUGGGUUCAUACAAACUCUUCUUAAGGUGACCCUGGAAGUCAUUGACACAGAGCAUCUGGAAGAACUUCUUCAUAAAGAUGAUGAUGGAGAUGGCUCUAAGACCAAAGAAAUGUCCAAUAGCAUGACACCUAGCCAGAAGGUCUGGUACAGAGACUUCAUGCAGCUCAUCAACCACCCCAAUCUCAACACGAUGGAUGAGUUCUGUGAACAAGUUUGGAAAAGGGACCGAAAACAACGUCGGCAAAGGCCAGGACAUACCCAAGGCAACAGUAACAAAUGGAAGCACUUACAGGAAAAUAAGAAAGGUAGAAACAGGAGGACCCACGAAUUUGAGAGGGCACCCAGGAGUGUCUGAGCUGCAUUACCUCUAGAAACCUCAAACAAGUGAAACUUGCCUAGACAAUAACUGGAAAAAAAAAUGCAAUAUACAUGAACUUUUUUCAUGGCAUUAUGUGGAUGUUUACAAUGGUGGGAAAUUCAACUGAGUUCCACCAAUUAUAAAUUAAAUCCAUGAGUAACUUUCCUAAUAGGCUUUUUUUCCUAAUACCAACACCUAACAGAGAACACACGUGAAUGCAGUUGUUCACUUUAGCAGACUUAAUGUUUCCUAUGAGAUUUCACUGUACAGGUUUGUCUUUCUUCUUUGCCUGAGAAAUAAAAAUGUCAUUUGCCAUAUUGCCAUCUAAAGGAGAAAAACUGCAUCAGCAAAGCCAUUGUAUUGAACUAAAAGUUUAAAAUGAACUGCAUGGAUUUACUAAGCUGAUGAAUAUUCCAAAACGUGGUUGGAUUCAAGGAUAUAUUUUGUCUACCGGCCCUCAUGUUUGUAUGUACUUGAGUAAAAUGAGUAAAAUGAUACUGAAUGAAACGUUCUGUGGAAAUAUUAAAAAAAAAAAAAGAAAACAUAAGCCAUCCAUCAUCCAGAAGAAAAAUGGAGUACACUGAUCUACUACUGAUGUCUUCUUUCAGCUUUGAUCUAAAGAUGUAUUUUAUUAAAACUAUAAUUUAAAUGUACCAUGACAAAUAUGCAGUAAAAAUUAGUUGUUUUCUAAGCUAGAGUAGGAUUUGUCUUACAAUUAUUGUGCUAUAUAGUUUUUGUUUUAAAAAUUCCAAUGGUGUGCUGCUUUCUUUGGACAUUUUAUUUUCAAUUCUGUAAGAGGGAUAGAUGAUAUUGUUCUAGAAACAUACAUCAUUAAGAGUGAACCUCUAAAACCAGGAUAGAAAUUAUGCUUUAUUUCUCUGAGAAAAUCAAACAAAUGGAAGCUGUUCACACCUCCCCUUCUUUAAGCAUUAUCUAAAUUAAUUUUUACUUUCAUAAUGUUCUUAGAAAAAAAACGGAACAUUUAACCAGGAAAAAAGGAAGAAAUAAAUUGAUUUUUAAGUACAUUUUACUAUAAUGAAUCAAUGAAGGGAAAAGGAACUGCAUAUUUCAUGAAAAUAAUAAGCAUUGUCUUAAUAUACUGUUAAUAGAAAAUGUGUCUUAAUUCUGUGCUUGAAUUCCUGCAUGAUAUUUGAGACAAAGAUCUCUCUUAUGAUUCCACUAAGAAUUUUAUCUGUGUCACUUAAUUUUUUUGAAAGAGAGAGAUCAAUAACUAUUCAGAGCAACAUGUUAAAGGCAAAGUUUCCAACCAUUUACAUCUGUAUCAGGUGCCUCUUAUCUUUCCUUAUUUAAGACAAUUAUUUGUACAAGAAACAGAUGACUCUUUUCAUGUCAAUGGGAGGGAAUUUUCUACAAAGUAUUUUCCAGGAUGCAACCCACAUUUAAACAAUGUAAAACUCUUUGUUUCCUGCAACAACUUACAAAAUAAGGUAAAAGACUAAAAUUCAAGAUUUGCUUCCUUCAUUGUCCUAAGACGUUUCAUUGAGAAUCACUGACUUUGAUAUACUUAAAACUUUCAGCAUUAUACUGUGGUUUCUUUUUGCACUGCACUCACCUAUUCAGGACUCCUCCCCCAGGUUCCUCAUCAUGCACCAAAAUGCAAAGAAAACAUCUUAUUAGUAAUUAAUGAAGCAACAUUGAAAUUCUAAUUCUAGCUGUCUUUGGAUUCUAAUUAACUCAGCAUCAAUUUCUCACCUCAGACUACAGUGAAUUUUUAUUUUCUAUCAGCUGAAAUAUUUCACAGAUGGAAGCUCAUGUUUCAGUUUUAAUGAUUGCCUUGAAUAAACAAGUUGUUGCCACUUGUUUCAAACAGAAGCCUAAAAAUAAUCUACAUUCAAUUUUAGGCUCCAUUGACUAAUAUGGUGUUGCUUUUGGAAGUACUGUAUAUCCUCAAAUGGAAGCCGAAUCGUUAAAUUAUUUGAAGGACACACCACUGUACAGAAAAUAGUGUUUGAAAUAUAAAUCGAAGAACAAAGAGUGCUCCAAAAAAUAGGUCAUUCUUUUAUUUUCAUAAAGUACCUUAACUGUACUAACAGUCAGUGUUGUGUUUCAUUCUAAAUUUUGCAGCUGAAAUAAAUUUAUUUGCAAUAGCAGAAAUAUCUUAUUAUUCAUCCUCAAAAAUAAAGGAUUUGAAGGGAUAGAGAUUAUAUGAUAACUUUAUAGAAGCCUUUCAAAAUCUGAAUGCAUUUUGUUUUGCGUUAUGAAAUGACAAUAGAAAAAAGUCUCGACUUCAAUUAAAAGUUACACAAACAAAUCUACAGGCAUGUCUUUAUAUACCAUCAGGUCUAAGUUUUCAAAGAAAAUUGUAGAUAUAACUUGCAGAUAAGUAACUCAUUACAGUUAUAAUCUCUACCCAUGUGUAUUGAGAGGGGGCAGUUUGCACGAAAAAGAAUUAUUGGCCCAUUUAAUAAUUCAGCUUUAAUAGACUUUGUCAUAUGCAUGAAUCAUCAGAGAUGAAACUGUUUGAGAGACUCAUGUGACCUUACGAAAAUUACAACAGCAGUCUUAGAGUAUGAAAAUGAUGCAUCACAGCAGAGACAUUAUGGCCCAGUUGAUAUCAAAUGUAAAAUGUAAAUGCAUGUAAAUGCACACUUCAUUUUAUGUAUUAUUUCAUAAUUUUCAAUGGUAUGUGUUUAAUAUUUUUGCUACCUACACAUCAGGCAAAAAAGAUGUAAAUAAUUUGGGAGAAAAAGAGAAAGAACAGUGUAAAAUAAAACUUUCUAUAGGUACUCCAUUUCAGUGUGUUCAACAUCCUAAAAUGCAAGAUUUUCCCACGCAGGUGACAAGGUGGUUUAUGUACUAUAUAAGGGCAGAAGGUGCGUGCCCAUUCAAUAAGCAUGUUUUUUGCCAGGUAGGAAAUAUGUUCCAUAUCUGUAUUUAUCAUUGCAUUUCAGAUGGGAACUAGAAAAACUGGAGAGAAAAAAUGUAAUGAAACUGCUGCUGUAAAUUAUUCCUUUUAGCAUGUAUUCCCUUGCUAAAUACACAUUUCUUCAAAAUA